UUCUAACAAUCUCAGUUUGCAAAUGGCAUCAAGUGAUAAAAAUGACCGACAUCGGAGUAAUAGUUUGCCUGGGAAAAGUACUAUUAAGAUUAAGCGCGGGAAGAAUACUACCAAGAGUCAAGGAAAAUCAACCGUCUCUACAUCGAGGGCAUCUCAUUCUUCUAUUCCACCAUUGCAUCCUCCUUCACAUGGCCCGUCGUCAAAGAGUAAAGAGAAAUCAACUGUAUCUACACCGAGUCCAUCACUUUCUUCCAUUCCACCAGUGCAUCCUCCUUCACAUGGCCCGUCAUCAAAGAGUAAAGAGAAAUCAACUGUAUCUACACCGAGUCCAUCACUUUCUUCCAUUCCACCAGUGCAUCCUCCUUCACAGGAGACGUCAUCAUUUUCACAUUCUUUUUAUGGUACUCUGCCUCCCCUAGGCUAUAGCUUGAUCCCUCCCCCGGGAUAUAGUCCGAUGCCUCCACAAGGCUAUUCCGGGAUUUCACCUACUGCACCUUUCUACAAUAUGCCUCCCCCAGGCUGUUCCUCGAUGCCUCUCUCUUAUAUAACUCCACCUGGAAUGCAUUCCGCUUACCUCGCUGCCAUGGAACGAUGUCCAUCUCCAGAGACUCCUUCGUCAGAGGCCACUCGAUCAGCCAAUCCAUGCCUUUCUAGGCUAAAUGUUGGAUCGAGAAAUUCUGAGGCAUCUCCUAGCCGUUCUUCUACUCCGUCUUCAGUUGAUGGUCCAAAUCUUCCAUCACCUGGAAAGUUAGAUCAUCUACGGAGGGUGCGCAUCAUCGCUGAUGGAGAAGGGUUUUAUCCUUCUAGGCCAGCUGCAAAUGCAAUCUCAACAGCAAUACAAAAACUUUAUAGUGGUGCCUUCGCGACGUGGGGUGAAGUGCCGUGUCAUACGCAGCAGGCGAUCCUUAAUGAGUUUAUGAAAAAGUGUACGUGGAACCCUGUCGAGGAUAAUGUUAUUAGAAGUAAUUUUACAAAGAAGGCGAGUUCUCGGUUGUCAAACAUUUUUUCCGAAGCUCGGAAAAAAGGUCAAAAACCUGGCUGGCUUGGGCAGAUUACUAGGAGGAGCUUAAUCAAUACUGGGCUACGCCGGAGUUUCAAAAGAAGAGCGCCCAGACAAAGGCAGCUCGAAAGUCUGAGAAGGGUGGCUCAUUGCACACUUGUGGUUCAGUGUCCAUGGGGACUGCUAGGAGGAAAUUGCAAGUUACUCUUGGUAGACCACCCAAUCGUCAUGAGGUAUGGAAGAAGACACAUACGAAAAUUGAAGACGGAAAAGAAGUUUGGGUCGAGCCACGGGCAGAGGAUACCUAUAAUCGGUAUAAUCAAGCGAUGGAGGAGCUCACUAGGAGUCAGUCGACCAAUGAUCAAGGCAAUACAAUCAUGCCAUCGGAGGAACAAACUAUCUCCUGUUGGUUGGACGUGGUCGGCGGCGUGAAGAAGGGAAGAGCAUACGACCUUUGCUCCGAGAAGAACUUUCACCGCCUCCACUGUGGAUUGAAAGGUAUAGGAAGUUCUGCCACUGUGUCAAAUGAGCAGCUUGAGGAGAUGCGACACGAACUUCGGGAACUUGCUAGGAAUUAUGAGGAGGAACGUAAGAAAAGGUUGGAGGAGGAGCGACGUAGGAUAAAUCUUGAGUCAGAUGUCAAAGAACUCAAGAAUCAGGUGUGUAACCUCAUCAAGUUGCCUCGCUCUCCGCCCCCGAGCCCCGAUCAUGAUGAUGGUGAGGAUGAGGAGGACCAGGAGCAUGGAGAGGCUGAAAUGGAGUAUUAGGUGUCCGUUGUUAUUUUUGUUCUAACUUAUGUUAUUUUGGAUUGUUUGAAGUCUAGUGGGAUGGUAUAUGUUUGGAUAACGUUGACGUUGGUUGGAUUCGUACGUUUUUUGUUGGCUUAAUUUUAAUGUUUGAAUUAUUUUGAUGUGUUUUUAUUAUUGUUUUGAUGGCUGUUAUUGGAUGCGUUUCUGAUUCUUAUUGAAUCAGCUAUUGAGAUGUUUUUUAUAGCAGGUGCUACAGUGAAAAA